AAGCAACCCUUUAUGGCCCAUUGACCAUACCCUCCGAGAACAAUGGUGAUAUUAUAUCCUUGCAUUGGCUUUCGCUUCUUUCCUCCACAAACCACUUUUAUUUUUUGCCACUCGACAAGGCCACAGACCACUCGUGGCGAACUGGCCCGAUAUAAAACCUCAGCACAUGGCAAAUGCACAUCACACAACGUUUCUCCGCAGGCUCGAUCUUCUUGUGCAUCAUCACUUUAAUUGCAUCGCCCCAUCUACAUCGGUUGUCUGUGACACCAUGCCCUUCCCGUUCGCUCUUUCCCGUGGGCUCUUACUUCGUACGCUCAUCAUGUUCUGUUCUUCUCGUCCGAUACGUUUACUCAACUAUUUCUUUCAAGUCGCUAUUGCUGCCUGCAAUGUCAUGUCGAUUGUGAUUCUAAGGCCGGUUAUUGUUGCGCACACCGCAGGACCUUUCGAGCUCAUUGCCUUUGCGUCAAGCAUCGUAGCUCUGUUGGUAUUCCCCAUUAGUUUUUCAUUCUUAUAUUACAAGAGAUAUGCAGAGUCUAGCAACACUAGAAAUAUCGCUACCUUUGGUACUUUGUGGCUUUCGAACAUUACGGCUUGUAUCCUUCUAACAGUUCAUGCACGUCGGAAUAAUGCGACAGCCCUUUGUCAUGACCUGUCUCAGUCUGGUGACUGUACAAUGGCCAAUGCUCUCCUCGCUGUUUUCUAUAUGGCUGCUAUCUUUGCUUUGACUGGUUCCGUAUUAGCCCACUUGGAUAAACACCCCGGCAUUGCUAAAGUCUCGCCUCGGUAUCCGAUCACUAAAGCAGCAAGUUCACAUUUCGCUGCCUUCCAACACCCGCUGGACGUGGAGUUGGAGAAUGUGUACCCUGAACCUUCCAACAAGAAGGCCAAAGAUAAGAAGGCACACACCCAGGAAAGGUGGACCGAGAUUACUCUAUAGACGGGCAUGUGUUGGUUUUGUAGUUGUACUGCCAAUGAUGGGGAUAGCUUUGUAUGAUUAUGGUGGAAUAUUA